AUGGCGGCGGCCCCCCAUGCUGCCCGGAGUCUGUCCACCACGACGCCCACCUCCGACAGCGGGUCCACCCCCUACAGCCCGGACUUGCACUCGUCGGCUUCCAAGCCCAAGCUUGGCGCCUCUUUCCGCAGUGCGCAAAUUGUCUUCGAUCGCGAGACCAAGCGCCUGCAGCGCGACCGGGCGGCCUUCCACCCGGAUGCCGAGCAGGCCGCCUACCUGCACGACCACAUGGCUCUGCGUUCGGUGGACCGCAUCCGCGACAUCAUGGGCCGGUUUGAGAAGGUCCUGGAUGUUGGAGCUCGCUUUGGCCAUGUCGCGCGCUUUGCCGACCCGGAGAAGAUGGGCUCGGUCUACGGUGUGGAGCUUAGUGGGGAGAUGGUCCGCCGGGGCCAAGAAAUGCGCACCCAGCGGAUGGAGGCCGCCGCGGCUGCGGCCGCCUCCAGCCCGCCGGCUGACGCCGGGGCUGACCCCCUGGCCGAUCUCCUGGCGGGGGGCAGUGCUCCGGCCGGUGCCACCACCGCCACCACCGCCGCCGCCUCCUCCACCACCGCCGCCGCCGCCGCCGCCGCCGAUGGGGACUCCGACGCGGAGGAUCGCUCCACUGAGGAUCUGAUUGAGCAGGAGGACGCGGUCCCCUACAUGGCCUUUGUGCAUGACGAGGAGCAGCUGGCCCUGUGCGAGCCGCUGCACCAGCACGGCCCCUUUGAUGCGGCCAUUUCCUCGCUCAGUCUCCACUGGACCAACGACCUGGUUGGGGCUUUGUCUCAGAUCCGCCUGGCGCUCAAGCCAGAUGCUCCGUUUGUCGGCUGUGUAUUCGGUGGGCAGACGCUCUUUGAGCUGCGCACGAGCCUCAUGCUGGCCCAGCUUGACCGCGAGGGUGGCAUGUCGCCCCAUAUCUCCCCGCUCAUUGACAUCAAGGACCUCCCGGGCGUUCUCACCCGUGCUGGAUUUACCAUGACCUCCGUCGACAUCGAUUCGAUCGUGGUCCGGUACCCCGACAUGUUUGCUCUUCUUUCGGACCUCCAGGCCAUGGGCGAGUCCAGCGCCGAUGUCCAGCGUCAGCCAUCUCUUUCGAAGGACACCCUGAUCGCGGCGGCCGCCAUCUACAAGGAGAUGUACGGCGAGCCGGAUGGCAGCAUCCCGGCCACUUUCGACAUCCUGCACAUGCACGGCUGGAGUCCGGAGGAUCCCGACCGCGUGGCGGCCGGUUCCUCCUGCGGCGGCGGGCAGCCGAAGCCCCUCGCCCGUGGUUCGGCCACGCAUUCCCUGCGACAGGCCCUCAGCCUGGAUGCUCCCCCGCUGGAGGGGCUUUUCACCCCGACCGGCGAGGAGACCGACACAAAGGGCAAGAAGUAAUUGUGGGCUCGCUGCACCCCACCCCACCCCGCCCCCCCCCC